UUCAGAGAAGAUGUCGCUGGUUUGUCCACCAAACUUCCAGCAUAUUCUUCGUGUUCUUAACACGAACAUCGAGGGAAAAACCAAUGUCAUGUUUGCUCUGACUUCCAUCAAGGGUAUUGGUAGGCGUUACGCUAACGUCGUCCUGAAGAAGGCGGAUAUUCCUCUGUCCAAGCGUGCCGGAGAACUGUCUGAGGAGGAUUGCGAGAAGAUCAUCACCAUCAUGCAGAACCCCAGACAGUACAAGAUCCCUGAUUGGUUCCUUAACAGGAACAGGGAUAUCAAGGACGGAAAGACCGCGCAGGUUAUGGCCAAUAUCCUUGACAACAAGCUCCGUGAGGAUCUCGAGAGACUGAAGAAGAUCAGGGCUCACAGGGGUCUUCGUCAUUACUGGGGACUGAGAACUCGUGGUCAGCAUACCAAGACUACCGGACACAAGGGAAAGACUGUCGGUGUCUCCAAGAAGAAGUAAACCUGUCUCCAUUGGAACCUGGAGUCCCUGGACUUGUCCGCACCACACGAUCCCGGAGCUCUAGAACAAGAUAUAAAUAUUUCAGA